CGUCAGCAGUGAUGAGCAGUGUCUGUCACGCAGUAAGGCUGUGUUUGUGUGUGUAUAUCACAAAGUUGCAGAAAAAAUACGAUUAUAAUCAGUAAAGAGUAGAAAACAUAAUAAUAAAUAUUUGAAACUAUUAAUUUGUCUGUUGGUUCAAAAUGAUCAUUCCAGUGCGCUGUUUUACUUGUGGGAAGGUUAUUGGAAACAAAUGGGAGGCCUAUCUCGGUCUUCUGCAAGCUGAGUACACGGAGGGUGACGCCCUCGACGCUCUCGGCUUGAAGAGAUACUGCUGCCGAAGAAUGCUACUUGGCCACGUAGACCUGAUCGAGAAGUUACUCAACUACGCACCACUGGAGAAAUAAACUAAACAUUGGAGAAGAAUUAGUUUAUAAGCUAUUGUUAUCAUAAACUUAGAGGAUGGAUUAAAAAUAUAUUUGAUUACUUAAAGCCCAUGAUUUUUAUGGGUAUAAAUUAAUAUAUUUUGAUCUUCCCUGUAUGUUUGGCUUUUUACCGCGGAUUCACCCGCAAACUGUGGAAACUAGUGCCUGUAUCUGGAUAAGAUACCUAUAGCCAUAUCACCCAGGAAUAGUGUAGCUUCCCAACAGUGAAAGUAUAUUUAAAAUCUGUUUAGUUAUUUUGGAAUCUUGUUUGUACAAAAAAAUGUUUCCUCUUAAAAUAUUAAAAUAGGAAAACCUCAUGAGCCUCCAAUCCAUUCAGUUGUUUUUGAGUUUAUAUUUAAAAACUGCCAGACAAGACAUGGUAGAGGAUAGCUUUUAUCGUGUAUAAUAUUUAAUUCAUUCUCUAGGUCUAUGGUUUUUUAUUUUGUGAUAAAUAAUAUACUGAACUUUAUAAGUUUAAAAGAAAUAAAAUGAAUAAGCAUACCUAAAACUUUAUUUUAAUAACAUAAAGUAAAACAAGUUUCUUAAAAAUAACUUUAUGACGCAUUAUGUGUAAAUUAGU